AUGGAUAUUAAAAGCACAACACUUAGUGCAGAAACCGGAUCAUCACCUUGCACUCCCGCUACGGUGGACUCACCAACCUCUCCGACUCCCUUAACUGGCAGCCUCUCGUGUCUGGACAUGCAACACAAGCCGCAGACAUUCCAGCACAUCUUCGAGAAGCUAGUGUCCAAUAGCGGCGGUCACCAUAAAAUGCCGCCCAAGCAACUCGAACACCUGCGUCAUCUGCUGGGCAAUGUGCGCGAUGCCAAGAACUUGCAGCUGAUUGUGGAGAAGUUCAAGAACCUGGAGCAAUUUCAGGAGCACUAUGCUAAUCUGGGCAACAACAAUACUGUGAUCACCGAAGACACUGAGCUAGCGCUCAAAGACAAUGCCCGCAAAUAUGGUGCUGGUGGACAAACCCUAACGCCCCGUCACACAAUCGAUGCCAUUCUGGGCCUAAAAAAUCGCACCGAGGGUAGCGAUGCCGAUGGCGAUGGAGAUGCCCUGGAAAAUGAAGAUGCCACCGAUUUGCGUUGCAGCAUGUCCUUAACGCACUUGCGUAACAUGGACAACCACAUGGCAAACAUGUUGCAGCAACAUGCGGCGGCGCAUAAAAAUGGUGGCCCCUAUGCGCUCACCCACUCACCCACGGCGCAGGGUCACGUAGGACUACAUAUGGCAGUCACGACGUCGCCCUCAACAGCGACCUCUCAUGCGCCCUUUGCCUAUCACAAUGCCAUGCUAAGCUUUGGGCAGCAGAAUACUGGAGCAGUUCAGUAUGCGCAUCAGCAAGAGAGCAGCGGGAACGCCAGCGCUAGUGAUUAUCUCAGUUCCAUGCACCAAAUGGUCGAGGCCAGUCAAUUGCAGCAGCAACAGCCGCCACAGCCCCCGCCGCCUAACUCGUCAAUGGCCGGCCAAGCCUAUAGCAGUCAUCAGCAACAUUUAGCCGCAUUGGCUGCCCAUGCGCAGGAACAGCACAACAAAUACGCCAAGUCAUCACCGCCAGCAACAGCUUCGGGCUACUUUUCCCAAGUUCAAGCUCAGCCUCAUGCUCAGUUGCAAGCUGCUGGACAGGCACGCGACUAUGACGAUCGUUCAAUGUCAUCGGCCAGCGGUGCUGCAGAGCUGGAGGAGCUGGACGACGACGAAGAUGAUGAUGCAAAACUGCAGGAUGGCAGCAACAGUGGCGCUGGCAGCAUCGAUGUAACCACGCCGCCCACGCCUCGUCGCCCCGGCAGCGGCCUCGUUGGCAACAAACGCAAGUCCACAAGCGCCUACUGUGAUGAUAAUGAAACGAAAUUGUCCAACGGAAGUGCGUUGGGCAAUUACUCGAUGAAGAGCUUCGAGGGCAUUCGCGCCCGCACAUUGGAGGAGCAUGAUUAUCGCGUCACUGGCGCCACUGGAGUUGCGGACCACUCUGAGCGCCUAAACGCUGACGCCGACAGCCUGGUCAACGGCAGCUGUGCAUCCAGCGAGGACCUCAAUCAGACCAAUUCCAGCGAGCAGGGCGAAAAAAUCACUUCCGGCAGCGAUGACGAGGGCCAAGACGACAACUGCGCGAAGAAGAAGCAUCGUCGCAAUCGCACCACCUUCACCACCUAUCAGCUGCACGAGCUGGAGCGCGCUUUCGAGAAGUCCCACUACCCCGAUGUCUAUUCUCGCGAGGAGCUGGCCAUGAAAGUUAAUUUGCCAGAAGUGCGCGUCCAGGUGUGGUUUCAGAACCGUCGGGCCAAGUGGCGCCGCCAGGAGAAAUCUGAAAGUCUACGACUUGGCUUAACCCAUUUCACUCAGCUCCCACAUCGUUUAGGCUGCGGUGGCUCCGGCCUGCCCGUGGAUCCCUGGCUGUCGCCGCCCCUGCUCUCCGCUCUGCCAGGCUUUCUAUCACAUCCGCAAACCGUUUACCCCAGCUAUCUGACACCACCUCUCAGCCUGGCGCCCGCAAAUCUAACAAUGAGCAGUCUUGCGGCCAUGGGACAUCAUCAUCAUCAUGCACCGCCACCACAUGGGCCGCCGCAUAACGGACCGCUGGCACCACCACCGUCUGCAGCUUCUCAUGGGAUGGGAGCAACCCCACCGCAGGCUCCACCACCGCACGGGGCUCUGCCUUCGCAUGGCCCGCAUCCACAUCAUGUGGUGCCGCUCUCACAUCUCUCACCGCAUCUGUCACGCAUGUCGCCGCACACUUCAUCUCUAUCGCCACAUCAUCAUAGCGUUGUGGCAGCUUUAACGCCACUGACGCCAACUCAGCCCACUCCCACCGGCCACAGCAAUAUGCCGUCCACAAUUACAACUGCAACAGCACCGGGAGCAGCAACAAAUACGUCCUCAGCAUCUUCCUGUUCAAUGGAGGGCAGUGCUACGGAUGUUUGCAUGUCACCACAAAAUCUGAGCAUUUCCAAUGCCGACUCAAAUGGUGCGCUGGAUGGACGCGAUUGUCAGGAUAUGGGGGAUGUGGACAGCAGCCUGGACAAGUGCGCGGCUAACGCGAAUAACGAAGUGCUCGAUGUGGGCAGGGAAAGUCCACCCCCUCCCUCCACACUGACCAGUCUAAGCAUUAAGCGCACACCACCACCAACCGCACCGCCGUCCACGGAUAUGCGCAGCAAUUCGAUUGCCACGCUGCGCAUCAAGGCAAAGGAGCACCUCGAUAACAUCAACAAAGGUCUAGUCUCAAUGGUCUAG